AUGUCGCCGACACGAUACCCCGCCGAGGCCGUCGACCCCUCCCCCCUCGCGGCGCCCCUCCCGCUGCCCUUCUCGGGCAAAACGGCCCCCAACCGCUUCCUCAAGGGCGCCAUGACCGAGCGCCUCUCGACCUGGGACCCCGCCAACCCCUCCGCCCGCGGCGUCCCCACCCCGGAGCUCGUCAACGUCUACCGCCGCUGGGGCGAGGGCGGCUCCGGCCUCAUCCUCACCGGCAACGUCAUGAUCGACUACGACCAGCUCGAGGCCGCCGGCAACCCCAUCAUCCCGCCCGCGGCGCCCUUCUCCGGCGAGCGCUUCGAGGGCUUCCGCAGCGUCGCCGAGGCCGCGAAGAAGCACGGCAGCCUGGUCCACGCGCAGCUGAGCCACCCCGGCCGCCAGGUCGCGAGCAACAUCAAUCCGCACCCCAUCUCCGCGAGCGACGUGCAGCUCGAGGGCGAGGUGAUGGGGAUGACCUUCGGCAAGCCGCGCGCGAUGGGCCCGGAGGACUUUGAGAAGGUGAUUGGCGGGUUCGCGCACGCGGCGGAGUACUGCUACAAAGCUGGCUUCGACGGCGUGCAGCUGCACGGCGCGCACGGGUAUCUGCUGGCGCAGUUCCUCUCGCCGACGACGAACAAGCGCACGGACAAGUACGGCGGGUCGCUCGCCAACCGCGCGCAGAUUAUUCUGGAGAUUGCGGCUGCGAUUCGUGAGCGCGUGACGGAUCCCAGCUUCAGCAUCGGGAUCAAGGUCAACUCGGUCGAGUUCCAGGAGGGCGGGUUCUCGACGGAGGACUGCAGCGAGCUGUGCGCGCUGCUGGAGGAGCACAAGUUUGAUUUUGUGGAGCUGUCGGGCGGCACGUACCAGUCGCUGGCGUUCGAGCACAAGCGCGAGUCGACGAAGAAGCGCGAGGCGUUCUUUUUGGAGUUUGCGGAGCAGAUCGUGGGCAAGCUGAAUAAGACAAGGGUGUAUGUGACCGGCGGGCUGCGGACGGUGGGCGCGAUGGUGAAGGCGCUGGAGACGGUGCACGGGGUGGGUCUGGCGCGGCCGGUGUGCAACGAGUUUGAUCUGCCGAAGAAGAUCAUCGAGGGCAAGGCGGGGAGCUCGGUGAAGACGCUGCUUGGGGAGGAUGAUUUCGGGCUGACGAAUAUGUUGGCUGGCACGCAGAUCCGGCUGGUGGGCAAGGACAAGGAGCCGCUGGAUGUCAGCCAGGACAAGUACAAGGAGGUGUUUGAGAAGUCGCUGCAGAAGUGGGCGCAGGGUAUGGCGGAGAACAGUGAUGGAUCCAAGUAUGGCUACAUUGACAUUGAGGGGACGACGCUGCAGCCCUUUGGUACGCCCGAUGCCUACGGUCACAACUUCCAACAGGAAACUUCCACAAUCUUGCUAGACCGCUCCAUCACAACCAUGAUCGAGCCCUCCCUCCGCGUCCGCCGCGCCAUCACGGCCAACGACCCCCUCCUCGUCAAGCGCAUCCUCAAAUCCCACCCAGGCCUCCUCCACAACCCCGACCCCUCCCCGCUCGGCCUCUCCAACUCGAACCUCCACCUCGCCGCCUCCCUCGGCCACCUGCCCAUCUGCCGCGUCCUCCUCGACGCCGGCCACGAAGACCCCGACCCGGCCCUCAACGAGUCGCACCAGACCGCCCUCAUGCUCGCCGCCGCCGCCGGCCACACCGACGUCGUCCACUUCCUCUGCGAGCGCACCCCGCACGUCAUCCUGCGCCGCGACAUCCGCUGGCGCGACGCCAUCAUGGAGGCCUCCCGCGGCGGCCACGACACGGUGCUUCAGAUCCUGCUGACCUACGUCCCUGGCGGCGCGCGCGACGCGGUGAUGAGGGCGGAUCUGGACGGCAACACGGCGCUGCACUUUGCGAGCGGGAACGGGAACUUGUUGGUGCUGAGGACGCUGCUGGCCGCGGGCGCGGAUGCCGAGAGAAGGAACAUGUGGAGCUGGACGGCGAUGAGCUACAGCGCGACGGUGCAGGCGGAGGUGUACCUCAAGGGAUUGGUCACGGAGGUGGAGAGGCGGAAGAUGGUGCGGCGGGAGGUGGAGGAGCUGAAGAAAGCGGGCGGGGUGAGGGUUGUUGAGGAGGAUGUCGAGGUGGAGGAUUGA